GGUUUGUAGAUUCCCGCGUUUUUGGUGAUAUUUGCGUAGUUUGUAUAUAUAGGUGUAUAUACUUUGGCGAAUAGAAACCUCGUGCAUAUGGUUGACUUUUGCACACAUCAUAUGUACAAUACCUGUAUACACACAGAGACCGUCGCGAACGGCGAAACUCGAAAGGAUACGAGUUUAGUCUGUGUAUGUGCAUCGUGUAAGAGUGUGAGUGUGAAUUCGCGUGUUUUUAAAUCGUAACAGUUUAUAAAAGAAAAUCGUAGAAAAUGUCAGUCGUCCAAAAAACUUUCAAGAAAACGCCUGUUUUCAUUGUCGAGCCCCAUAAUGAGGUUCUACCUUAUAUUUAUCGGUGUAUCGGAUCCAAACAUCUACCAUUUGAAGGGAACACUUUCAUUCAUCUAGAUUCACAUCCAGAUAUGCUAGUUCCUAAAGAUAUGAAUGCUGAUACCGUCUGGCGGAAAGAUGACUUAUUUGAGGAAAUCAGCAUUGAGAACUGGAUGCUGCCGGCUGCAUACGCUGGUCAUUUUACUAAUCUCAUUUGGGUCAAACCACCAUGGGCUCAUCAAAUGGUUGAUGGAGUACGCAAUUUCUUGAUCGGCAAACAUAAAGAAAGUGGAUGUAUAAGGCUCACCUGUCCGGAGCCGUACUUCGUCAGCGAGGCGCUCUACUGCCUGCCGGAGGAGCUGGAGAACACGCGCGAGGUGACGCUGCGCGUGAUCACCGUCGGGAAAUUCGUGACGGAUCCGACCGAGAGCGACGACUUUGGAUCGAUCGCGUCGAUACUGCGACAGUACCUGCCGGAGAAGGACAUGGCCUACGUGCUGGACAUCGACCUGGACUUUUUCAGCACGAAGAAUCCCUUCCGCACUCUCUACGAGCGCGCGAACCUCUACGAGAAGCUCGCCCAGCUGUACUCAUUCAACCGGCCGUCAUCGAGCGAUCCUGAGAUACUGAAGGAGGUGAGCGCAGCGAGGGACGAGCAGCUGACCGAGUUGGAGGGUCUCUUCUCGAUCCUGCAGCAGGAGCGUCGCCUCGACGGCGUCGACGUGCCCAGGACGGCCCGGUACGAGGGGGUGCUUCAGAUCUACCAGGAGAUGCACAGGGUCUACCGGGACUCGGAGAUCGACUGGAUGCAGGUCCACGAUGCGGGCUGUACCGUGGACGACACCGAGCUCCCGCAUCACGUCACCAGCAAGCCCGAUCUCGAUCGGCUCAUCGAGGGAACCUUCAAAUCCUUCCUGAACGCGCUUCCGGCUCUGCCGACCAUCGUCACCAUCGCCAGGUCUUGCUACGACGAGUACUGUCCCGAAGAGGACGUCGAGCAGAUACAGGCCGGAGUCCUGGACGAACUUCGCCAGAGGAUCGGGACGGAGCUGAUCGACGUGCGCUUCACCUACCAGGAGAAUCAGCUGGAAGAGGGGCCUCAGUGACAUUCCGAGUUCUAGCUCGCUUUAUCUCAAGCGUCUAUUUUUCUACCUCAUAUAUUAUCUAAUCGUGCAUGUGUGAUUUUUUUUAUCUAUACUCUGAUUUUAAUAAAACGUCAACAUUAUAUUCGUAAAAAAA